AUGCAUGGGAGCCGAAGUAGAUCCGUCUCGCGGCCGGGGCAAGAUGAGGCGACAAGGGCGAAAAAAAUAGUGAAAAAAAUUUAGAGAGGGCGGGAAGUGCUCUCCGAGACCAUUAGAUCAUGACACAUAUUAUUAUCAUUUUUAUUGUGGUCUUGCCUUUUUUUUUGGACUCCAAGGUGACAGACAAUAUUAAGGUCUUCUAUAAUAAUGAUGAUGAUGAUGAUGAUGAGUAUUUCCUUACCUCACUGGGCCCUGUACGCACAGCCCGAAGCGGUGGUGAUCCCCAGUGGCUGUCCUCCACUCUUUUUUCUUGCUUGUACUCCUCCUGUCAACCAUGCAUACAGCCACAGACGGGUGGGACAUACCUUAGCUGUAAGAAUGAGGAUGAUUGACAGGGCAUCGGUCGAAUUCGUCAUCUCGGACAGGGUUUCUCCAGUCGAAUCUUGGUACGCCAAAGACGGGAGAAUGAAUGGAGCCGAUAAAGAAUGGUCCACUUCACGUGUCCUCCAGGGGGAUGCUGAAGGAAUGAAGAACGAGGAAUGAACGCCGAGUGGGCCGGCCGAUUCCUUUGCCUCCUUACUUGGAAGGAGGCGACCGAGC